CUUGCCUCUUGAUCAUUGAACCUUUGACCUAACAUCUCACUCACCAUCUUCGGCAGACACAAGCUACAUACACACACAUCCCUCUUUGAGGUAGUUUGUAAAGCAGCGAUCCGCAAAUGUCUCGCGUCACCGCUCCCAUCACCAAGCUUACCCGCGUCGUCAACCCGGGCGUUGCAAGCCCAUACCACAACCAUGGCGCUAUUCUAAUGCCCAAAUAUGCCGAACUUCUCAAGAAAUCCCCCGCAGACGCAGAUGUACAGUCCGCUCGUGGCAUCACUACAACUCAUCGCCCAACUCCCCAGCCCAAGCCCUCAAAAUCCUACAACCGCCCCCUAAUGCAGACCUUCUCGUCCGUCUCGACUUCGUCUCACGGCGCCGCUCCUCCCACCAUCGAUGCCACGAUCUUCCCCUUCCCGACGGCGGCUUUCGCCGCGGAAGGUGUAAGCUCCUCCCGCAUGCCCCUUCUUCCGGACAGCUUCCUCACCCGCCAUCCCGUCGCCGAAGCUUCCGAGGCUGCCGUAGUGGAGCCCCGCAUCUCCGUCGUCGCCUCCGCUUCUGGCUCUCUGUCUCCAGCCUCCGCCCUCACUGAGAUUGAGGGCAUGGGCAUCGACGGUGUCGAGCUACGCUUUGCCCAUGCAAGCGAGACACCCCAGCGGGAACCAGCCAUUAUCGUCGGCCUCUGAACGGGCCUACCUCUUGUUUUGUUUCUGGGGGCGUUGGGUUUGGUUGGUAAAGUGAGGUCUUAAACAGCGACCCCUGUGCACUUGUAUGCGCUUUACGACACCGCUGCGGUGGGGCAGCGCAGCUGCUGUUUUGAGCGAGCCUUUUUUGGUGAUGCGACUCCGUUGAUUCUACGGACGAGUUGCAAGGAUGGUCUCAAUUU